AAAUUGCAGCUUUGUGAAGCUAAGCUAGUUAGCACAGUUGGUAUUCUGACGAGAAAGUAUGGAUUUUUGAUCAAGAUUAUUUGUUUUAGGUAACGAAAGCAUGUUUGGCUUCGUUUUGAACAAGUGCACACUUGCAUGAUCCCAUCUUUUGGACCACUUUUUAGAAAUUAAGAUGCCUAUCCGGGCAUUAUGUAUUUUUUGUUCCGACUACUUCGACCACUCCAGAGACGUCGCUGCCAUCCAUUGUGGACAUACUUUCCACCAUGACUGUCUUCAGCAGUGGUUCCAGACAGCUCCCACCAAAACGUGCCCCCAAUGUCGCAAGCAGGUCAGCACGAGACACAUUAUCAGCAAGCUCUUCUUUGACGUCGGUGGAGUGGAAGAGUCAGCAGCCGACCCAGACCACUUGCAGAAUGAGCUUGAUCGAGUGACGGCCCUCAUGAGUUCUAAAGAGAGAGAAUGGCGUGAGAAGGAAACGAUGGUGGAAGGUUUGAGGAAGAGUGUGAGCAAACACAAGAAGGAGCUGGAAUCUGCAAGGAAACAGAUGAACCAGAAGGACAUGUUGUGUUCUACACUGAGGAAACAGAUGGACUACAUGGAGACUCAGAACAGUGAAGCGCAAGCUGCCAAGGAGGAGGCUCGAAGACUAAGGACCCAGAUGCAAACCUAUGAAAGGCUUAAUGUGUUGCUGGACGGUCAAAGGUCAGAGGUGGAGUCCAUGGUAAAAGACAUGGGAGUUGGUCACGCAGCCGUAGAGCAGCUCGCCAUCUUCUGCAUUUCCCUGAAAAAAGAGUACGAAGGUUUGAAGAAACACCUGAAGUACACCAGCGACAUGUGUGACAAGCUGAAGGCUGAAGUUUUGACUUCAAACAGCAAGUUGCAGAAAGCCACUCUGGAGGUCAGUCAGACCAAAGAAGACAUGAAGUCUCUUCAGAGUGAACUGACCAGUGCUGACAAAGAGAUAACGAGCUUAAAGAAGAAGGUGGAGUUUCUCCAGAACACUCUGAGCACCCCCACACGGACAAAUGCAGCCCUGAGUCGCCUGGUGUUCGAAAGCCCAGCACCCCUGGAGCUGAAACAUCCUCACCUGCACCAGCCCACAGACAGCCAGGACAUUGACCUCAACAUGACCUACGACAUCACUACCCCAGAGGAUGUGAACAGAAGGCCUGCGCAAAAGAUGAAGCUGGACCCUCAAAUGCCGAUGAUGUCCAAACACAAGGAGAGAGCUUCAGCAUCAAGCAAGGUGCGAGAUGAGGAUUCCUCCAUGGAUCCGUUUCUGAGGAACUCCUUCCUGUUCCGAAAGAAAACCUUCGGCAGCAUGCUGGACCCCCAGCAGAAGCCUGGAGUUGUGAGAUCCGGUUACGAUGGGUUAGGAGGACGAACCAAGUUCAUCCAGCCCUCUCCCCUGGCAGAGAUUCGUCCACUGAUGAAAGCCAAACGGAAAAAGGUGAGCCGGCCUCCCGCCAAGUCCACGUCCUGCAUGACGUUAGACGGCUUCCUGGAUGGCUCGCUCACCAGCUCAUCUUCCAGCGUCAUGUGACGCAGCCAAGCUGCCUCUCUGAACUGAACUGGACUCAUUUCUGCUAAACUGAGUCUCACGCUGCUCUUUUUUUCACAAGCUGUGUAUUUGUGUUGUCUCUCUCUGUGUGUGUGUGAUCACAUGACAUAUUUAAAUACAAAUAUUGGUGAUCACCGUAUUUUUAGUUUUUUAAGGGCUUGUAUAAUAAACCAUUUUUGUUUUAUUUUUGUGGAGUUGACUAACAUUUCCCUUCACAGAGGUGCGCCCACCAGCAGGGGGCAGUACAAACAGCGUUUUGACAGGUUCCAGAGCGAGAACAAGUUCAUGAGUGUUGAGUAGCAAAAG